AGAGGAAAACAACAGGCAGAGUAUAAAAAGGGGGAGCAGUUGAGGAAGAGACGUGUUUUUCUUCAAGGACUUGCAGAAAGAAAGAGCUGUGCAGAGAGAGAAAGUUUUGACCAGGAUCUGGGCAGUGAAGGGGCACGGCAGGGAUGUGGGCGUGCCUCAGCCUGCUCCUAGCUCUCUGCCUGCUCCAUGGGGGCAGGGCAGAGAGCGAUGGGGGAGGGCCUCGCUGUCAGCUGCCGCCUGACUGGAAAAUAGGGGAGGUGGAGCCCAUGAAGGAGGCACUGGGCCAGGUGACGGUAGUAGCUCUUCUGCAGGCCAGCUGAUUGUUCUGCUUGGUGCAGGCAUCCAGAAUAGACCGCCUGCGCCAGAAGCUGGAGAGUCAGGGUCUGCAGAAUGUGACCUUCAUGGUAAUCAACCACCAGGGGGAGCAAGCACAGCGUCUGCAUGGCAUGCUCCAACAGAGACUGUCAGAUAACAUCACACUGUACAAACAGGAGACCGACCAGCCCGAUGUUUGGCAGACAUUGAAAGGAGAAAAGGAUGACUUUUUCAUUUAUGACAGAUGUGGCCGUCUCACCUUCCACAUCACACUUCCAUACUCCAUCAUUGGACAAGGCCAUAUUGAGGGUGCAAUCAAGGAUACUUACUGCAAGCACAUAUGUGGGAACUGCACAUAUGAGGGCUCUGAGACCCCAGAGGAGUGCAACAGGGCCGUGGAAGUCAAGCCUGAAGAAGAUGGAACCCCAACUGGAGAGGAAGAGAUUGGACAUGGACAUGGUCAUGGACAUGGACAUGGUCAUGGACAUGGACAUGGUCAUGGGCACAAGCAUGGUCACCACCAUGGAAAUCAUGGUGUUGGCCAGCACCAUCUAGGUGAUAGGGCACAGGGGUAUGGGCAAGGGGGGCAACAGCAGAUUGACCAAAUAGACCAACUAAUGCAUGUGGGCCAGGUGGCACAGGGUGCACCUAUGAUGCAAAGGCCCUGAGUACCUGGGAAGGCUACAUGAAAGUCGAAGCACAGCUGACAGUGGGCGGCCGGCUCUGUAAAUGGAGCUUCUCCUCCAACCAGCUGAUGCUGACACUGACGAAGGCUGUUUAGUGAUGAGGGGAGUGAGCAGCCCGUUGCUCUGUGACACUGUGAUGAGGCGCUGCCUGCCUCCUGA